UUGAGAGGAAGUUACCACCUCUUCCCCAGACGCUGCACACUCACACACACAAACACACACACACACACACUCUCUCUCUUCAGGACUUGACCACAGCAGCAACAGAGAAUCAACAGAAACAGUCAGGACUGCUCGAGAUGCUGUGUUUUUAAAUUUGGAGGGAAAAGAAGACUGAGAUUUGCAAUUGCCUGAGGUUUUUUCCGUUCGGACUGAACAGUUGUAGAAGAACGUGUUUUGUUUUGUUUUUGUCAUCACUGACCGGGUUGCCAAAUGAACUGUUUAGCCUGAGGAUCAAAGAUCACGGGCCCUGAUCCAACAGCGAGGGAGCAACAGAGAGAGGAGCUUGAUUUUGCAUUUUCCAACUUCAUUACACCAUGAGCUGGGACUGACCGUGUGUGCCAAAGUUGCAUUUUGUGGUGUGAAGGAAACAAAGUGAAGAUCACCAUGGAUGUGAAGAAAAAAGAAAUGGACCUGCUGAGCAACAGCAUUGCAGCUUAUGCACACAUUAAAGCAAACCCAGAGAGCUUCGGCCUUUACUUUGUGCUCGGAGUGUGUUUCGGCCUGGUGCUGACGCUCUGCCUCCUGGUCAUUCGCAUCUCCUGCAAGCCACGCACCAAAGUCGCCUCCUCCUCCACGCCGGAGAAAAAACAGUUAAAAGACAUCAGCGAGGAGGAAGAGGAGGAGGAGGAGAGUGAGGAUGAAGAGGACGAGGAAGGGGACAACGUUGAAUCGCCGGUCCCUUUGCCCAGCACAGAAAUCCCUGUGGGUAAUCAUAACAGCCAGUCGGACGGAACGCUGAGCGUGAACGUCUUUACUUCAGCCGAAGAGCUGGAACGGGCGCAGCGGCUGGAGGAGAGGGAACGUAUCAUACGGGAGAUCUGGAGGAACGGCCAACCUGAUAUCCUGGGGACGGGGACAGGGACGAUUGGGAGAGUGCAUUACUACUAAGAAGCUGACAAGGGAGAAG